GCAGCAGCAGUGGACUGACGGCCCUCUCUCGGUGGAAGACCGCGUCCGAGUGACAACACCUUGUCCCCGCUCUAACUCACUUAACUCAAGUGCCAUGGAGGAAUUAAGUAGUUGACGUUUCCUGUUGUAACCUUCUCUUUUUUAAGCUUUCUUCCCGUCCGAUCACUGCGAUCCUCAAUCGGUUUAUUGACGUUUUGAACCCUUCUGUCUACAAGCUUUGACCAUCCAAAAACCAUGAAGUACAUCAUCGGCAUCGGCGGCGUUACCAACGGAGGGAAAACCACCCUCACCAACCGACUGAUCAAAACCCUGCCCAACUGUUGUGUGGUACACCAGGAUGACUUCUUCAAGCCCCAAGAUCAGAUUGAAGUUGGUGAAGAUGGCUUUAAGCAGUAUGAUGUUAUUACUGCCCUGGACAUGGACGCCAUGAUGAGUACGAUCUAUGCAUGGCUGGACAACCCAAUCAAGUUUGAGAAGUCUCAUGGCGUCAAUAACACCCUGGAUACUGAGAUCGUCCCAAAGGCUGACCACAAAGAGGAUGAGGAGGAGACUCACAUCCUCAUUGUGGAAGGCUUUCUGCUUUACACCUACAGACCUUUGAUCGACGUGCUGAACCAACGAUUCUUUAUUUCCAUCCCACAUGAAGAAUGCAAAAAGAGGAGGUGCUCUAGGAACUACGCGGUGCCAGACCCCCCCGGCCUGUUCGAGGGCCACGUCUGGCCCAUGUAUUUGAAACACAAGAACAUCAUGGAGUCAUCAGAUGUUGAUGUCUUGCAGCUAGAUGGAACCAAGUCAAAGGAACAAUUGUUCAACUUUGUCUAUGGAGACAUCCUGAACAAUAUCCAGAACUCUUUUUAACUAACAAAGGUCUUACAUUCGGCUAAAGGGAGCAUUUACUCAGCCUGCAAGCAGAACACCGCCUUGCCUUAAGUUUCAACCUGGCAGCUCAUUUAGCUGACUGCUACGAUUGUUUUGUAGAUGUUUAACUGAUGGCACCAAAUGCUGGCAUGUUUUUAUAUCAACCAUAUUUAUUGCUUUGUUACAACAUUUACUCCCACAAGCCUAUGGGUAUGUUCAGAGGAUGAUUGCACUUAUGUCAAUAAAUGAUCCUCCUUUCAA